AUGCGGCGGAAAUCUAACCUUAACAAUCAGUGUAGUAAAAAUGCACGACGUAUGUGUGCUAAUAAAACUCAUGAAUCGGAAGAACAAAUUGCAGCAAGAAAUGCAGCUCAACAAAUCAGAACAGCAGAAAUUCGCAGACAAGAGUCUCGAGAACAGCGUGAUGAACGUCUACGACAAAAUAUAUUGAUAACAAGAUCAGCGCGAGAACGGCACAUAGCCACAUUUAGAGAACUUGAAAGAGAGCGACAACAAACCAACCGUGCAUUAACACGUGCAUCAUUCGUUCGCCUUGCGUUCGAAUAUGCACCAGACAUCAAUUACUCAACACAUACUAAAAUUAUAAUUGGUGCAAUGGAUAAAAUAUGCCAAUAUUGUCAAGCGUCAAAAUUCCGCAAUGAAACGAUUGGUAUGUGUUGUGCAUCUGGAAAAGUUGUACUGGCACCUCCUCCUAUUCCACCGGAACCUUUAAAAUCAUUUCUUGCUGGUGAAUCAGACGAUUCGAAAUUAUUUUUGCGUAAGAUACGCAAAUUCAAUUCUUGCUUCCAAAUGACGUCCUUUGGCGCAACUAAAAUUUGCCUUCUCACAUCUAAUGGAAAUAAUUUUGUAACUACGUUCAAAAUCCAAGGCCAAGUGUACCACAAGAUUGGGUCAUUAAUGCCAAUGCCUAAUGAUGAUCCAAAGUUUCUCCAAAUUUAUUUUAAGGGCAGUUGUGAGGAACGCGUGACAACUCGAUGCCUGCAUAAUUUCAUCGAACAAGCAGAAGAGAGAGCAAUUGUGGAAUCUUUGGAAAACUUUUUUGAAAAUUAUAAUCAACUUAUCCAAUUAUUUAAAAGAGUAUCGCCUCAAUUAAGAAAUGAUAAUUAUCAAAUUGUCAUCAAAGCCGACAAAGUACCUUCAGGAAAACACGCUGGAAGGUUCAACGCGCCAACCGUAGAUGAAGUUGCUGUUAUUAUGGUUGGUGAUCCAGUUAACAACAGAGACCUCAAAAUCAUACGUCGAGACAGUACUGUUCAUAUAAUUUCAGACCUUUAUCGUUCGUAUGACGCACUUCAGUAUCCCCUAAUAUUCUGGCAAGGGCAGGAUGAAUAUCACAUCAACAUAAAACAGCGUGAUCCAAUCACUGGUAAUGAAAUCAAUAAAAAAGUUAGUUCAAUGAACUACUACGCGCAUCGAUUGAUGAUUAGACUUAAUCAAGAUAAUUAUAUCCUUCGAUAUCGUCAACUAUUCCAUCAAUACGUUGUGGAUAUGUUUGCUAAGAUCGAAAGUGAACGUUUACGGUAUAUUAGAUACAACCAGGCUAAAUUAAGAUCAGAUAAAUACAUCCAUUUACGAGAUGCUAUCACCAGAAACAUCGAUGAAAAUUUAAACGCCAAUGACAUUGGAACUGCAUAUAAAAUCCGUCCAGAAGAAAUUGACCAAAUAAUUUCUGUCGAAAUUCCGGAUCCACUAACUGACUCAGAAUUGUUUAAUAUUGUUACUAGUCACAUGAUCCACGGACUAUGUGGUACUUUUAACAUGACAUCACCAUGCAUGGAAGAAGGAAGGUGUAAGAAACGUUUCCCGAAACCCUUUACCAAUGAUACUAUUACGGAAUUCGAUGGUUAUCCAUUGUAUCGCCGCAGAGACCCUGAGCAUGGUGGUCACACAUUUACAAUGCGAAAGCCGAAUUCUAUAAAUGAAGUUGAAAUUGAUAAUCGGUGGGUAUUUCCGUACUCACCAUUGCUGUCAAAAGCGUAUAAGGCUCAUAUUAAUGUCGAGUUUUGCAGUUCCGUCAAAUCCAUUAAGUACAUUUGUAAAUAUGUUAACAAAGGUAGUGAUUUGGCCGUAUUUGAAAUACAAGAUAUAAACAAAAAUGACGAAAUACAUCUUGCAGUACAUCUUGAAAACGAUCAACGAGUAUAUUUUAUCGAAGAAAAUAUUUUCCAAAGAGCAUUUGAGACACCGAAAACGACACUAACUGAAUUCUUUACAUUAUGUCAAAAAUCUGAUGUAUUCGGCCAAUUUGCAAAAACAUUAUUAUAUACCGAUGUUCCACGCUAUUUUACAUGGAAUAAAAUAGGGAAAAAGUGGGAGCCCCGUAAGCAAGGAAAACCACAUCCAUCGAUCCCAGGCAUAUUUAAAGCCAAGACAUUGGGACGACUUUACACUGUACAUCCUAAACAACGUGAAUGCUUCUUUUUGCGUUUAUUGCUGGUGAUUAUUCACGGACCAACAUCUUUCGAAUAUUUGCGAACAGUGAACGAUCGAGUGUUCAAUACAUAUCAAGAUGCAUGUUGCGAGUUGCAACUAAUGGAAGCAGAUAAUCAUUGGGACUUGCCACUUGCUGAUGCAGCGUUGACAUUCACACCGAAUAAUAUUCGUCAACUAUUUGCAAUAAUUUUGACAACAUGUUUUCCAACACAAUCAUCGACUCUGUGGGAAAAAUAUAAGAAUUAUAUGACUGAAGACAUAUUGCAUCGAAUUAGACGAACAAAUCAAUGUCCAAAUUUAGAUUUCACACCAGAGAUGUAUAAUGAAGUAUUAGUGUUGUUCGAAGAUUUAUGUAUUUUAAUUUCAAAUUUGCCACUUAGUCAUCAUGGAAUGUCAUCACCUGAUCGCCCGGCUGCCGACUUAGUUAACACUGAUUUGCAACGAGAAAAACAGUACAAUGACGUCGAUUUAGCUACAAUUAUUGUGAAUAAUGAGCCAUUACUGACAGCUGAACAAAAAAAUAUUUAUAAUCGGAUAAUGCUGACCGUUGAAGCUGACCAAGGUGGGUUUUUUUUCUUAGACGCACCAUGUGGAACAGGUAAGACAUUCUUAAUAUCAUUAAUUCUUGCAAAGACACGUUCCCAACAGAAAAUUGCUUUGGCAAUUGCAUCGUCGGGCAUUGCUGCAACUUUGUUAGAUGGUGGACGAACAGCACAUUCAGUAUUGAAGUUACCAUAA